AUGAACCGGCCCAUCCAGGUGAAGCCAGCCGACAGCGAAGGACGAGGAGAAGACAGGAAGUUGUUUGUGGGGAUGCUGGGGAAGCAGCAAGGUGAGGAGGACGUGCGUCGCCUCUUCCAGACCUUCGGCCAGAUCGAGGAGUGUACCGUCCUCCGGGGGCCUGAUGGGGCCAGUAAGGGCUGUGCCUUUGUCAAGUUCUCCAGCCAUGCAGAAGCACAGGCGGCCAUCAACAGCCUGCACGGCGGACAGACCAUGCCAGGCGCCUCGUCCAGCCUGGUGGUGAAGUUUGCCGACACGGACAAGGAGCGGACUCUGCGCCGGAUGCAUCAGAUGGCGGGCCAGCUUGGCAUCUUCAGCCCCAUGACCAUCCAGUUUGGGGCCUACGGCGCCUACUCUCACGCUGUAAGUCUCGGCUCGGCGGGCGAGGAGACGCAGAUGAUGCAGCAGCAAGCAGCCCUCAUGGCUGCCUCCCAGGGCUCUUACCUAAACCCCAUGGCGGCCAUCGCUGCUGCCCAGAUGCAGCAAAUGGCAGCUUUCAACGUCAACGGACUGGUGGCCGCACCCAUGACGCCCUCCUCAGGCACCAGCACGCCCCCGGGCAUCAGUGCCACGGCUGUGCCCAGCAUCUCUGCUCCUAUCGGGGUCAAUGGGUUCAGCACCCUGCCGCCCCAGAGCAAUGGCCAGCCCACCUCUGAGCCCAUCUACACCAAUGGGAUCCAUCCUUACCCAGGUGAGCCAAUCAAAAGGCUCUAUUACCAAGCACAGAGUCCGACAGUGACUGACCCUCUCCAGCAGGCUUAUGCGGGUGUGCAGCACUAUGCAGCAGCCUACCCUGCCGCCUAUGCACCUAUAAGCCAGGCGUUUCCACAGCAAGCAGCCAUCAUUCCACAGCAGCAGAGAGAAGGACCAGAGGGCUGCAACCUGUUUAUUUACCACCUGCCCCAGGAGUUCGGAGACGCUGAGCUCAUGCAGAUGUUCCUCCCUUUCGGCAACGUCAUCUCUGCCAAAGUCUUCGUGGACCGAGCAACGAAUCAGAGCAAAUGUUUUGGCUUUGUGAGCUUUGAUAACCCAUCCAGCGCUCAAGCGGCUAUCCAGGCCAUGAACGGAUUCCAGAUAGGCAUGAAGAGACUGAAGGUGCAGCUCAAGAGGCCAAAGGACGCCAACCGACCUUACUGACCCAUUGGGCGCCCACACCCAGGAUGAAGGGCCACAACACCUUAUUUCCACAAGUGCAGUAUAAAGUACAAAGACUUCUUGCUCUGCUACAUAUCAUGAAAGAAGGGUGGUCCCUUGAUCCUGCUGGAAACUGGCCGAGAGAUUGGGUGACUAAGGAGAAGGAGCCUGGAGGUGACUUUUUUUUCUUUUCUUUUCUUUCUUCUUCUUCCUUUACUUCGCAAAUGCCUCUUUUUUUCCUGUUUUGCUUUGGCGCCUGAAGAAGAGGAUUGUUUGCAGAGACCAACUUUUUGCUGCUGUUUUUUAGACAAGAUGGAGACGUUUAUAGACACAUUAUGCUCAAAGCAUGCAUACUGACACAGUUAUAUAUAGACACACACAUACACACAAAUAGAUCAACCAAUGCACACCCACACACACAUAUACAUUUACAGACAGGACACUUGUAAAAAAAAUUUUUUUAACAAGCUCUUAUGUACAUGUAUAAAUAUGUGCAAAUGCCAACUCAACAGACAAACAAACACAUACACACACACACACACACCAGCCUGCUGCCAUUUUGGUUUUUGUGCCUACACAGGUGUUGUGCUCUCUGACAGGGCGAGCUCUGAAGACAAGAAGAUGAAAGGAGGAGAAUCCAGGAUAAUUUACAUGCAUCAUUCCUUAGGAAAUAGGGACCAAAGGACUA